ACAAGACAAAAAGAAGGCAAAUGUGUAGUUUAAUCAUGUGAGUGUAGCAUGACCCUUCGCUUUUGUUAGCCGUGCGUUACGGAAGUCACGAGAAAACCCCUAUGAAGACGGCUACAAGCAAGUUUUGAUCACCAUUUGCAAGAUGUCGAUGCAGCGAGUGUUUGGAGCAGUUCUUCUUUUGUGCUGUCUUGUGCUCACAGAAUCUCUUCGCUUUGCCCGAUUUCCGUCUCCAAAGAAAUCGGACCUUUCUUUCCUGAGUAAGAAGUCUGCGUGCAAAUUUUGUGUUUAUGAAACGAAGUACUUCACUCAAAAGCUUGACCACUUUAACUUCCGCACGAGCGCUACGUUCAGUCAAAGAUAUCUUGUGAAUAUCGCGAAUUGGCGCAAAGGUGGACCCAUCUUCUUCUACACCGGGAAUGAAGGUGACAUCACAUGGUUCGCUAACAACACCGGCUUCAUGUGGGAUAAUGCAAAGGAGUUUGGUGCUAUGCUAGUUUUUGCAGAGCACAGGUACUACGGAGAGACGCUACCGUUUGGAAAACGCUCAUACGAGAGCCCAAAAUAUCUUGGUUACCUCUCUUCUGAGCAAGCAUUGGCGGACUUCGCUACGCUCAUACGUCAUAUCAAGCUCACCACUCCUGGUGCCACAGGAAGCCCGGUCAUAGCGAUAGGCGGCUCAUAUGGCGGAAUGCUUUCAUCCUGGAUACGAAUGAAGUAUCCAAAUCUUGUCACAGCAGCCCUGGCAGCGUCCGCUCCUAUUCUUUACUUCCAGGGUUUAACCCCAUGCGAGGGCUUUAAUGAGAUCGUCACAAAAGACUUCCAUCGAGAUGGUGGGGAUAGCUGUGUAAACGCCAUCCGAAAAUCCUGGUCUGUUAUUGAGAAGCUAGGAGCCACACAAAGCGGACGUAAGACUCUGACCUCUGUGUUCAACACCUGUUCGCCUAUCAAAACCAAGUACAACGUGACGCAGCUUCAGGACUGGCUAUCCGAGACCUGGGCCAACCUUGCGAUGGUCAAUUACCCGUAUGCUGCAACCUUCCUCGAACCUUUGCCAGCCUGGCCUAUCAAGAAAGUGUGCUCUCAUCUAACCGAUGCGGACCUUCCCGAUGUGGCGUUACUCAAGGCUGUUGCUGGGGCCGUUGGUGUUUACUACAAUAGCUCUGGACAAGCGAAGUGUUUCAACCUAUCGCAGCAAGCUGUCUCGUCACUGGGUGAUAAGGGAUGGGAUUUCCAGGCCUGCACAGAGAUGGUGAUGCCUAUGUGUUCGGAUGGAGUCAAUGACAUGUUCAAACCCGUCAAGUGGGAUUUUGAAGCUUUCGCCGAAUCCUGCCAGGACAGUUAUGGUGUCAGGCCGCGUCAGUACUGGGUGGAGGUACAAUACGGGGGCCGCGACAUUAGCGCACACAGUAACAUUAUUUUCAGUAACGGCCUAUUAGAUCCUUGGUUUGCUGGCGGGGUUACAAAGUCGUUGUCGCCCAGCCUCGUUGCCGUGCUAGUGGAGGAAGGCGCCCAUCACCUUGACCUAAGACACAGCAACCCCGCCGACCCUCCCUCCCUGAUAAAGGCGAGACAGACAGAAAAAGAGUACCUACACCGCUGGAUCUCAGAGUACUAUAAAAAUAAAGAAACAGAGGAUCGCAGGCUCAACAAGGUCCUCUAUAGAAUGGAUAAAAAAUGGGCCACAUUCGCUGAUAAGUUUUUGUAUCGAAGAAAUCGCCGUCCUCGUGUCCAUGUUUUCUCGCGAGAAAGUAUUGACCAGUAGAAAUAAAUUGUUCCUUUUAUAUUAAAUAAAUGGCAGUUACUAAA